AUUCGGGAAUUACUGCCCAGCCGCGGACUAAGUUGCAUUCCUUGAAUCUUCGCAGAAAAGACAAUUCUUUCAUCAGAGUUAGUAAUGUGGACAGCACAACAUCGAGAGAGUCUGGGGCUCCUCUCUUUGCCUGUGAUGAUUGCCAUGGUGUGUUGUGCACACAGCGCCAACGAACCCAGCAACAUGUCCUACGUGAAAGAGACGGUGGACAGAUUGCUCAAAGGCUAUGACAUUCGCUUGCGUCCGGACUUCGGAGGGCCCCCGGUGGACGUGGGGAUGCGGAUCGAUGUCGCCAGCAUCGAUAUGGUCUCCGAAGUGAACAUGGAUUACACACUUACUAUGUAUUUCCAGCAGUCUUGGAAAGACAAAAGGCUUUCUUAUUCUGGAAUUCCAUUAAACCUUACCUUGGACAACAGAGUAGCUGACCAACUCUGGGUACCAGAUACCUACUUCCUGAAUGACAAGAAAUCAUUUGUGCAUGGGGUCACAGUGAAAAACCGAAUGAUCCGUCUACACCCUGAUGGAACAGUUCUCUAUGGACUCCGGAUCACAACCACAGCCGCCUGUAUGAUGGAUCUCCGAAGAUAUCCCCUGGAUGAACAGAACUGUACUCUGGAGAUUGAAAGCUAUGGUUAUACAACUGAUGACAUUGAGUUUUAUUGGAAUGGAGGAGAGGGGGCCGUAACAGGAGUCAAUAAAAUUGAACUUCCUCAGUUUUCAAUUGUCGAUUACAAGAUGGUAUCCAAGAAAGUGGAAUUUACAACAGGGGCGUACCCAAGACUCUCUCUAAGUUUUCGCCUGAAAAGAAACAUUGGUUACUUCAUUUUGCAAACUUACAUGCCUUCUACAUUGAUUACAAUUCUGUCCUGGGUAUCUUUUUGGAUCAAUUAUGAUGCAUCAGCUGCAAGAGUCGCACUAGGAAUCACCACGGUGCUGACAAUGACAACCAUCAGCACUCACCUCAGGGAGACCCUGCCAAAGAUCCCUUAUGUCAAAGCAAUUGACAUCUAUCUGAUGGGCUGCUUUGUGUUUGUGUUCCUGGCUCUGCUGGAAUACGCCUUUGUAAAUUACAUCUUCUUUGGAAAAGGUCCUCAGAAAAAGGGGGCUGGCAAACAAGACCAGAGCGCCAAUGAGAAGAACAAACUGGAGAUGAAUAAAGUCCAGGUCGAUGCCCAUGGCAACAUUCUCCUCAGCACCCUGGAAAUCAGGAAUGAAACGGGUGGCUCAGAAGUGCUCACCAGCGUGAGCGAUCCCAAAGCCACCAUGUAUUCCUAUGACAGUGCCAGCAUCCAGUACCGCAAGCCCCUGAGCAGCAGAGAGGGCUAUGGGCGUGCCCUGGACCGGCAUGGGGUGCCCAGCAAGGGGCGCAUCCGCAGGCGAGCCUCUCAGCUCAAAGUCAAAAUCCCGGACUUGACUGAUGUGAAUUCCAUAGACAAGUGGUCCAGAAUGUUUUUCCCCAUCACCUUCUCUCUUUUUAACGUCGUUUAUUGGCUUUACUAUGUACACUAAGGUCUGUCUUAAGGGUUCGAUUUAGACUUUCCUUUUCUCUUGUUUUUUUAACCCCACACAGGUUCCCAGCAGACAUACUGCUGUACUUUUUGAGGUAAGCAUUUCAGCCAUCCAGUUGGUUUUAGGUCUUGCGUAUCAAUUUUAUUACUGCAUCAUGUUUACUUCAGACAAAAAGAAAAAAAAAUAUUUUUUCAGCCUACCUUGGUCCAGGUUAUCAGCUCUUUGAAGAGCUCUGUCAAUUGCCAUGUUUACAAAUACAAAGAGAGAUGUUAGGUAGAUCAUUAGCAGUUUUUCCUAGCCACCCUGGAUUUUAUUGAUUUCUUUUUUAGAUGAAAAUAAAAAGAGGACCCCAUCCACUUGCACUCCUUCCUGGUAAACUGUAACAAUAUCAUGCUG